CAACUCCUGAAUGAAGAGAAUUUGAGAAAGCAAGAAGAAUCGGUCCAAAAGCAGGAAGCCAUGAGGAGAGCAACGGUGGAGCGCGAAAUGGAACUGCGACACAAGAACGAGAUGCUGCGGAUUGAGGCGGAAGCCCAGGCUCGCGCCAGGGCGGAACGGGACAACGCGGAUCUCAUCCGGGAACAAAUUCGGCUAAAAGCCGCCGAGCACCGUCAGACUGUGUUGGAUUCCCUCAAGUGGCGGGAUUGACUCUGCUGGCCGUUGGCAUCUACAGUGCCAAGAACGCCACUGCUGUGGCUGGGCGGUAUAUCGAAGCUCGCCUGGGCAAGCCCUCGUUGGUGCGGGAAACCUCUCGUAUCACCGUCCUCGAAGCACUCAAGCAUCCCAUCCAGGUUGGGAAGCGACUGGCCAGCAAGGCCCAAGACGCUCUCGAAGGGGUCGUCCUCAAUCCAACACUGGAGGAACGGGUGCGAGACAUAGCCAUUGCGACCCGGAACACAAGGAAUAACAGAAGCCUCUAUCGGAAUAUCCUCAUGUAUGGACCUCCAGGAACGGGGAAGACUCUUUUUGCCAAGAAAUUAGCCAUGCAUUCUGGCAUGGAUUACGCCAUCAUGACAGGUGGCGACGUCGCCCCUAUGGGGCGCGAAGGUGUGACCGCCAUGCACAAGGUCUUUGACUGGGCCAACACAAGUCGGAGAGGACUCUUGCUGUUUGUGGAUGAAGCCGACGCAUUUCUGCGUAAAAGAGCAACGGAAAAAAUCAGCGAGGACCUACGAGCAACACUCAAUGUUUUCCUUCAUAGGACGGGGCAACACAGCAACAAGUUCAUGCUGGUCUUAGCAAGCAACCAGCCAGAACAAUUUGAUUGGGCCAUAAACGACCGGAUUGAUGAGAUGGUCCACUUCCAGUUGCCAGGUUUAGACGAGCGGGAGAGAUUGGUCCGAAUGUACUUCGACAAGCACAUCCUCCAGCCAGCCACCGAGGGCAAGCAGCGCUUAAAACUGGCCCAGUUUGAUUACGGGAAAAAGUGCUCGGAAAUUGCCAAGCUGACGGAAGGCAUGUCUGGACGGGAGAUCUCACAGCUUGCGGUGGCUUGGCAGGCCGCAGCCUACGCCUCGGAAGAUGGUACCCUGACAGAAGCCAUGAUUGAUAACCGCGUGGCAGAUGCGGUUCAGCAGCACCAACAGAAGAUGGAGUGGCUGAAAGCAGAAGGCAUGGAGGCAGGCAAGAACCAGCCACUGCCACUUACGCUGGGGAAGACUGCAUGAGGGGUCUCGGAAAAGGGAGCGGAGAGAUGUCCCAGGCCUUUGGGUGGGAUUCAGAGAUGAGGGGAAGGCCUAGCGCCAUUGGAAUCAUGCGGAAGACAGAAUCGAAAGUCCGGCGUCUUGAAGGAGGCCGGGGGUGUUGGUUCUGAGUUCAGGAACCUUGAUUCCCUUGAUUUCUUUUUCUUUAAAAAAUGGACUCCUGGAAUAAUGAUGGGCAAAUGGGUCUGUAUCACACAAAACAAUACAUUAAAAAAGAGAAUUCCUUUGCCAAAGGACAGCAGCCUUAACAUUUUGCAUCCUGGUUUCAUUGGUUUGGAGCUACCAGUUGUAUUCCUCUUUUAGAAGGUCAAGGAGGACCAUUUCGUUCAGUGGAAGUCCCUGCAGUGAAGGCCUACCCUUCUCCCUUGGCAGGGUGUGAAAUCAGAAUUACCCUGGCUGUGUGUGUCUAUAGCAAUAGCAGUUAGACUUAUAUACCGCUUCAUAGGGCUUUCAGCCCUC